AUGAAAUUGGCAUUGCAAAUAGAGCAUGAAUCCAGUCCGCCCUUGUUUCAUCCAGGGGAUCCACUGCGAGCAACAUUAGAGAUACGAGGAUGCUUUUUUAAACAUGUGCCGCGAGUAACAGCAACGUUUCGGGGUAGAUUGACAGUCAAAGCCUCCCCUGGCCUCAACACCUGUUGUCCCACAGAGUGUAACUAUACGCUAUUCGAACAAUCCGAGGACCUCAAAAUCUUGCAAUCAGCUGCUGUCAAUGACAAUUCUGGCGGCUGUGUCUAUUUGUGUCCUAUCGAGUUCAAGUUCCCGACUGACCUCAAUUGCGCGUGUCAAAACGCUUGCCAACUACCUUCGUCAAUAUCAGUCAAUGACGGAAAACUCCGGAUAAGAUCGACUUAUCUGUUAUCUGCUACAGUGAAACGAUGUAUCCUCGGGAAGAUGUCCAGGAGCAAAAGCGUCAAACGGGAGCUUAUGUUCAGUUGCAACCCUCCUGUUAUUAACCUCGCAGCAUCAUGUACUGUCGCACUUCCCGUCUAUAAGCUAAAUCAAAGCCUCAAAAGUGCCUCCAGAGACCUUAUUGGGCUUGAUGAAUCUCUGCCUUUGUAUUAUCCGUCCUUGCACAUGGACAUAGCUCUACCAGAGCCGCCAGUUCUAAUACGUGGACAAGGGACGCCAUUGAGAUUAAAGUUCCAUACCCCACAUGAGUUGUUUCAAGGGGCCGAUAUCUACGUCCGGAGCGUGGAAAUACAGAUGCAGGCCGUUGUGUCUGCUUUUUUACAGUCUGAGUGGCAAAGCAUGGCAGAAACACGAUAUGCAAAUACUAUACAUGGAGCGGUGCCAAUCGAAUCAGAGCAUUUUGAGUUAGAUUUGGGGGCGUGGGGUACAUUUAUCGUUGUUCAAUCCCGGCCAUCAUCGAGUUCCUGUCUGUUGAAAUCCGACUACGCAGUUCAAUUCAUUGUUGGUAUCUCCAAUGGUUUGGAAAGCUCUAUACAGUAUUUGGAAGCAUCUUUAGAUGUCCUGGUGAUGGACCCUCCCCCAACCUAUGACGCGGCAACACAUGAUGAUGUAAAUGACGCUUAA